AUGGUCAUAGCACCCGAUGGAGUUCCGGUUUUGGGAAUGGUCAUGAACAAUCAAUUUCCGGGACCAUUGAUCGAGGCAAACUGGGGUGACAUAUUGAGAAUUCGUGUUCAUAACAACCUCACUAACUACAACGGAACUUCAAUACAUUGGCAUAGAGUCCGGCAACUUAACAGAAACUGGCAAGAUGGAGUUGCCGGUGUCACCCAAUGUCCUAUCAGUACCGGAGAAUCUUAUGUGUACGAGUUCAGGGCCACUCAAUACGGCACAUCAUGGUACCAUAGCCAUUUCGCUCUUCAGUAUCACGAUGGGCUUAUUGGACCACUGAAGAUAAACGGGCCUACAAGUGCAAACUACGACGUGGACAUUGGCCCGCUGCUGAUAACUGACUGGUCACACGAGAACGCAUUCUCGCUCUUUUAUCUUGAGCUGGAGGGAAACCCACCAGUGCCGGAUUCGUAUCUCAUGCAAGGAAAGGGUAUCUACUGCUCCCCAUCAGAUGUCUCUGCACGGGCAGUGGUUGGUACAGACUUUGUGCCAAUUAACCCCUACGUUACGAAUACUCUGAAUAUUGCCAUUGGCCAACGAUAUGACAUUGUUGUGACUGCAAAUGCAACAUUCGAACAUGGAACUAGCUUCUGGAUGCAUGCUCGCAGCUGCAGUAACGAAACAAUAGCGUCAACUCUAGGAAUAGUUCGAUACGAUCCAGCUUCAACGGCUGAUCCAUAUACCCCUCCUGGAAAUAGGGUCGGAUAUGGCUGCCUGGACCCGGCAGUGGGCGACUUGGUCCCUGUUGUCCCCAUGCAGGUCGGCGUGGCCGUGAACAACCUCAGUCCUGCAGAAUACCUGAAUUUUUCUAUGCGGUACUACCCGAACAUCACACAAGAAUCUCCGUUAAAGAAAUGGGUCAUCAAAGGAUCAAACGCAACAGCAUCGAGUUUCCCACCAGACUUGGUACCAAUAUUUCUCGACUAUCCGGAAAUGUCCUGGAUCUAUUUUCUGAUUGAAGGUAAUUUCACACCGACUGCGAGCAAUAUCUUUCCAGAGCCAGUGGCUCAUCCGAUCCACCUUCAUGGCCACGACUUCGUAAUUUUGGACCAAUCCAGCAUUCCAUUUGACCCAGCCAACUUUAUUCCAAACCUCAAUAACCCUCCGCGAAGAGACACAGCAAUGCUACCAAAGGGAGGCUAUUUAAUGAUCGGGUUUCAGAUGGAUAAUCCCGGUUCCUGGCUUAUGUAUUGUCAUAUUGCUUGGCAUGCUAGUGCUGGCAUGGCAGUGCAGUUCAUUGAGUCGCCUCGUGCGCUCCAUGAUAUGGUGGAAGCUUCUGGCAUUGUACCGGACAUGAACAAUCAGUGCAAUACUUGGACACAAAGAUAUAACACGUUCAACAUUCCGGCAAAAGCAGUACAGGGCGAUGAGUCGGGAAUAUAA